AUGAUUGCUCCGCAUGAUUCCAAAAGGGAGGCCAGGAUCCUUACGCAGCUCACAGGCCACCCCAACAUCAUCCCACUGCUAGAAUCCUUCACCCUACCCCCAUCUAGCUUCGUGCUCGUAUUCCCGUUCUACAACUACGACCUCAACAUCCUGCUUCAUGACAACCCCGGCGGGAAGGACCUUACCCUCCAGGCGCGGCUUUCAAUCCUCCGCCAGACUGCCGAGGCCCUGGUAUGGUGCCACGAGCACGGCGUGAUCCACCGUGAUGUCAAGCCGAGCAAUAUCCUCGUCUCCGAGCCCGGCACUUCUGUUGUUCUCGCCGACUUUGGAAUUGCAUGGCAUGCAUCUGAUUCUGCAAGUGAGCCCGCGGACGAGAAGAUCACGGAUGUGGGCACGACUGCAUACCGGCCACCCGAGAUCCUGUUUGGGUGGAGGUCCUAUGGGCCGGAACUGGAUAUGUGGGCCUUUGGGUGUGUGGUUGCGGAGUGCUUUAUGGCGCCGCAGGAAGAAGACGUCGAGACGUUCUUCAAUGCAGGGGAUCUAGGGAGUGAAUUGCGGCUUGUCGGAAGCAUCUUUGGAAAAUUGGGAACGCCAACAACAGAGACGUGGCCAGAGGCGAAGCGAUUUCCUGAUUUCGGGAAGAUUCUGUUCCAUGUUUUCCCGACAAAGAGCUGGGAGGAGUUGCUACCAGGCGCCAGUGUAGAGGUGAGAGAUUUGGUGGGGAGAUUAUUAGUUUAUGAGGGCGUCAAGAGGUUGAAUGCAAAGGAAGUCGUGGCCCAUGAGAUCUUUAGAGGGGUUUCGGGUUAG